AGAGUAGAAUUACAAAGGGGUUUACAGAAAUACAGACUACAGACGUACAGUAGAUAAAUGUUGCAUUCACAUUACACACCAUAACAAUUUUUUAUUUUUUUUAAUAUUUAUAUAUACACAUCUCCCAAUCUCGCUCCCAUAUUCUUUCCUUCCUCUGACCUCUUUCUCUCAUCCAAAUUUUCUCUCUCCUCCAAAACCUCUCUCAAUAACCACCCUCAAAAUGAGAUUCCUCCGAAGCAUAAACAACACCACCACCUCUUCGCCGCCGUCCUCCGACGACACCGAAACCGUCGACUCCGACUUCGUCGUCAUCCUCGCCGCUCUCCUCUGCGCGCUUAUCUGCGUCCUCGGCCUUGUCGCCGUCGCACGCUGCGCUUGGCUCCGCCGCUUCGCCGGUGGUGCGGCUUCAGCUCCGGCGAACAAAGGCUUGAAAAAGAAGGUUCUCAAGGCGUUGCCGAAGGUAGCUUACUCCGCCGAACAACACGCCGGUAAACUCUCCGAUGACUGCGCUAUUUGCUUCGACUUCUCCGCCGGCGAAGAGAUCCGGAUUCUUCCUCAGUGCGGUCAUGGCUUCCACGUAUCGUGUAUUGACACGUGGCUUGGAUCUCACUCUUCGUGUCCUUCCUGCCGUCAGAUCCUCGCCGUUAGAUGUCAGAAAUGUGGCGGCGGUUUGCCGGAGAAUUCGGCUGCCGGAGCUCCGACUUCGACAGAUAAUAAUCAUAAUCAUAAUCACAUUCAUAAUAAUACUUUCUUACCUUAGCAUUUUUAAUUUUUUUAGGGGUUAGGUUUUUAGCUUAAGAAAUUACCCCUUUUUCUAUCAUUUUCUCUUGCUAAUGGAGUACAGUACAUAUUUGUGUGUAUUUUUUUUCAAUUAGUAUAGUAUAUAGAUAGAAUUUAUAUAUAAUGAAAUCAAAUUAUGUAAGAUUUUGUGUUUUUAAUUAAAUUAAUUUACCCCUAGUUGCCUAAAAGAAGGCACAAUUCGAGC